AUGAAGCGUCUUCCAUUUCCAGAUGAGAUCGAACAAUUUCUUGCAUUUCAAAAACAAUUGAAAGUUUGUUUCGGUUUAACCAUGGAAGAAUAUGUCAGAUCAUUCGAAGAUAAUCAGAAAAACGAAUCGUCAGCUAUUCUCAAAAGUGCUCCAAUGGCGGAUGAAAGCAUUCUUGAUUCUAACGGUUUAAUACUAAACGAUAAUCUUUCGCUAUCAGUAGAGGCCCUUGAUUUCGAGAUAUCAUUGAAAUUUUUCGGCAUCACGGAUAUAUCAUCAUAUUAUGCGUCAUUUCAAGAUGAGGAUAGAAAAAAGUCAACAUAUAUUACGCAUGAAACUCUUCAAGUAUUGAAAGAUGAACAUUACCUAAUAUCAAAAAGCGAAGAGUAUUCUAAAUAUGUCAACACAAUCAAUGAAUCUCUAAUCAAAACGCCGAAAACAAAUAGGUUAAAAAAAUUCGAAAAAGAAAGUGAUUUAACAUAUAAGGAUCAUUGGCCCCCAAAUAGUUCGGAUUUGAACCCUUUGGACUAUUCCAUUUGGGAUGAAUUUGUUCACGUUAUCAAUUGGGACAAAGUAAAAUCAAAAGCAACCCUAAUUCAAGAACUAAAACGUGCAGUAAAAAACAUUCGAGAAGAAGUUGUAUUUGAAAGUUGUAACAGUUGGACAAAUCGUUUGUAUCGUUUGUCAACAAAUGAUUUCGGUUAUUUACGUUAA